UUGAUUAACUGCCUCUCAAACUACAUAGGUAAAACUUCUCAUGCGCGUGGAUCCUGUUGUUCGUUGACCACAACCACCUGAUCUUGCUGGCCCAAACAAUCCAUUCAUUUAGGUUUCAGAUAUGUCUAGUGCUCCAGUGACGACAACAACCCCUGCGGCAACAUCUACUGGCGGUACUUCGGCGACAGCAACUACAUCGCCUACUACUACGUCGUCGUCGGCUUCGACUCCAACGACUACGUCCAGCAGUACUACUCCUACUUCUUCGUCGACCUUGGCGAGCAGUACUGCUAGUACGACAUCAGCUUCGUCCACGACGCAAUCAACCAGUGCUACUUUGUCGAGCACUUCAUCCACACAGAUCAGUAAUUCUGUCUCAGCUACUACUCCUACCACAGUUGCAACAACAUCGCCAACACCCACUCUUAGUGCUUCAGUCUACACAUCAACCAGCGGCGGUGUUGUAAUUACCAGUGUAACCUAUGUGACUGUGGCAACCUCCACUCCUUCAUCUGCUAAUAAUACCGCCACUUCAUCCACUUCGUUCUUUUCGAACACUGGAGCCGUUGCCGGUGUCUUCACCGUCGUUGGUCUCAUCGUUAUUGCGAUUUUCAUCGCACUUGUGACGAACGCCGUUCGCCGCCGUCGUGCCAAGAAGUUUGACAGGGACGUCGCGGAAGCAGCCGCAGAGGCGGCCGCCUCUUCGCGUUCGCCAUUUGAUGACUACGCGUACUCUAACAAUGGCGGUUCGGGCGGCGGAUAUCCAUACUCGGAUACCACCCAUGGGACUUUUGGCCAGGCUCCGAUGAAUCUUCCCAGUGACUCAUAUGGUAUGAGUGAGAUGACACAGUAUGACCCAUACGCAGCUGGGGCAGUAUCUCUCGCUACGGCUAACGUGGGAAGGAUUCGGAGUAGGCAAGACAGUGAAACUCAUCGUGCACCAGGCAUUGCUGGUGUUGGUGCAGGCAACCUUGCUCGCGAGCCGAGCCGCAGGACCCCAUACCACGCUUUCGCUGGUCCUGGCCCACAGCCCCACGAAAUAUUGGAUCACACCGCUAGUGGGCGAUACAGAUCUCGCGGCAUCGAAUUGCUCGAAGGCGCUGGUCUGGCGGGAACUGGAGUUGCCGCCAUGGCUGCUGCCAACAAUGGAGCAUAUAUUAACCGCCGGCCUUCGGAAUAUACUCGUCAGACACAUGGAAGUAUGCGUUCACAUGGGCACUCGCAGGGUCACUCGUCGAGCGAGAACUACUCCCUGCCCAUUCAGCCUGUAUACCAGUCACCCCCGCGCAAUGAUACCCAGUUCGCAGAUGCAUACACUGGCUUUGUUAAUUCACCGUCUCAACUUCCACUGAAUCAUGGGGUUCCCAAUUCUCAUGAGACUUCCCCGUCGCCACCCCCUGCUCAGUCUCACAGUCCUGUAGGCGAAGUCGAGGGUGAAGAUUAUCACGACGAUGGUCCUCCGAGUCAGCGUAUGAGUUACGCUGACGACGAAGAUUACGGUCAACACAACCGUGUGCUCAGAGUCGCAAAUGAGUGAGACCCUCACAGAAAUUUCGCCGCAUCUGAAAUUUGUUGCGGACUUGUUUGCGUAUUAUAUCCGCAGCGUCGUCGCUCUUUUCUGUUUAUUACUUAUAUCGAUAUGUUUUCUUGUGAUGAGGAUGCAAGGAAAGGUGCUGAACUCUAGCUUAUAUUCUCGGGCGCUCCCUGGCCUUGGCGCUGUUUUGCUGCGUCACGUAUUUAGACUACACACGCUGCUCGGCUAGUACGAACUGUUUAGUGUAGCGUCCACUACAGAUUUGUGAUGUGCCCGGAGAAAUGAGAGAAUUUCUGUUGGUUCCUCUUAAGUUUGUUGUGUGAUAUGGUUUGGGUUGUAUAAAUCCCGAUGCAU